CUUGGUAAGUUUAUAUACUCAUUCACAUAUAGUUGAUGCCUGGACCCUUUAAUGCAAACUGCAUGAGAAUGAGAUAGAGAAGAAAGAUGAGGCUACACAAGUACACAGAAAAAGAGAAAAGAAGAGGUAGCUUUAUAUUGUUAAUGAUUGCGUCGGGUCCAUCGUAUUGAUGCUGCAUCUUGACAAAUAAUCUCAGUACAGAUGAAAUUUCAAUGAUCACAACUCCAAAAAAAUGAAUAAGUACUUGUAAAAAUUCAUUAUUUAUUGUAUUGAGACAAUGAAAAUAUACUUACAUCGCGUUUAACGGGAGUGGAGAUUAACAAUUGAACUUGUUUUAUUGUUCAGUUGAUUGUUUGCAGAAAGCGCGAUUGUUUAAAUUGAAUUAAAAUAAAAUUUAAGUUUCUGACGUUUGGCUGAAAUUUUUAUUGAUUAAGUAAUUAACUAAAGUUUAUUUUUGAGUUUGUUUAUUUGAUAAUUGGAAAAGUUUUCGUAGCGUUAAAAUGUCGACUGCUGAGACAACUGUGAUUUUUGCAAAACUUGAAGCUCUCAAGGAUAUCAGAUCGAAAACAGUACAGCUGGAGAAGAUGAAGCAAAGAAUUAUACAAGAAGUUGAGCAAACAGAGCAAGAAGAUAAAUGCUUAAUGGAGUAUAAACAAGAGAUGGAUUUACUUAUGCAAGAAAAAAUGGCUCAUGUUGAAGAGUUGCGUCAAAUACAUGCUGACAUUAAUGCGAUGGAAUCCGUAAUAAAACAAGCAGAAGAAGCUCGAAACCGCGCACGAGAACAUGCCAAAUUAAUUCACAACAAUGAGUACCAGCCGCUUAAACAUGACAUUGAUCGUAUGCGACGAGAAUACUUAGGUUUAGAGAGACUGCCGGAAUUAUAUGAGACUGAAACAGAUUUAAUUGCUCCAGAUUAUUUUGACAGACCGAUGCAAAAAGCUGAAUGGCGAGUGGAGGUCCGUGGAGAAGACUUAAUGCAACCGUUAGGUUUACAUGGUCAUCCUGGACAUCCUGGUGGUUCGACGCCAUUUUUGGCACCUCAGCCACUUCAGGGGCCUAGUAAACCUGAGCCAAGACCGUUGCCUCCAGCCACUGGUCCACCCGCUCCAACAUUCAGGCAACAACCGCCACCUAUGAAGUCUUGCCUGUCUUGUCAUCAGCAGAUACAUCGAAACGCGCCAAUUUGUCCAUUAUGCAAAGCUAAAUCACGUUCGCGUAAUCCCAAGAAACCAAAGAAGAAGGAUUAAUUAUAAAUUCAUAAUUGAACUUCACUUUUAUUUUUAUUUUAUUGUAUUUAAUUUAAUUCUAUCUCCAUUUUUAUUCCGAGUUUAUUUCAUAAAUAUCCUCAGAGUUUUUAACUAAAAGCAAUUGCGCUAAGUACUAUAAUUUUUUUAUUUUUUUGAUACUCUUUCUCGGUAUAAUUACUUAUCAAGUAUUACUUUUUUUGCUAAUAUUUUUGACUACUUAAUUAAUCUCACGAUCUCACUAACAGUUGUGAGUAAUAAUAACCG